UUCUAAAGCCGAAGAAGAGGUUUUUGCAAAGGUUAAAGAGUUGAAUUGUACCCACUGGUGGUGUCUCGGAAAGAAGAAAGGUUAAACGGGCCAACAACACAAGGCAAGCAUGGUAUUUUUCUUUGGCCAACGGCAAGGCUACCGAGGUCCUAAAAACAACCACUUUUCUGGGAGAAAACUUGUAUCUCUCCGCCAGGGCAAAGAAGAUACCAAACCUUGGACAUUGCGCGGGAGCAAGAACCCCGGAACAGGGCUCCUCCUUCCCUGUGCUCUCCCAGCCUUCACCAUAAGAAACACUGCGAGGCAGCAGCAGCAACAUAUUCCCGCAUGCCGGGAUGGCAAAGCUUUAUGCCAAGCGGCCCAAGGGCACCAACCCGCUGAUCUGGAUAGUCGCCAUCGUGUGCGCCAUACUCGCCAUCGCCGUCAUCGUCACCGGCAUCGUCGUGUUCGCCAUCUACGUGAUCUACCAGCCCAAGAUGCCCUACAUCAAGGUCGCCUACGCUCAUCUCGAUCAACUCGCCUACGGCGCUUCGGGGAUGCUCGAGAUCCGGAUGGCCCUAAAAGUGGUGGCCGAGAACGACAACAAGAAGGCCGUCGCCAGCUUCUCUGACGCGACCUUCGUUCUCCGGUUCCAUGGGAUCGACGUCGCCGUGCUGCAGACCGAUCCAUUCGAUGUCGCCAAGAACAGCUCUGCCGAACUCGACUAUCUCUUUCAGUCAUCGCCGAUCCCGCUGGAUAAGGAGGGGAUGGAGGCCAUGCGCGUGGCUCUCAACAGGGGCGUUGUGCCGUUCGACUUCGGCGGGCAUGCGAGAACCCGGUGGCGGGUGGGCAUUUUUUUCUCCGUCAGGUUCUGGGCUCGCAUAGCGUGCCAGCUCAAUUUCGUCUAUCGCAAUGGGAGCACCGUCGACUUGGAUUGCGGCUCCAAAUCCCGCUAACAUCCGUCCGAUUCCGGGACCCAGUCACAUCUAGGUUUCCUUUAUGUUGUUAGGUGCAUCUUGUUGGAAACACGGUGCGGAUUAUGGUUGUGUGGGGAAUAAGAAGAUAACACGUGAUUA